AUGCCAAAUCCAAAUCCUAUACCCCAAUCCCAAACCAAAUCCAAGUCCAAAUCCCAAAUCCCAAACAUAGGUACAAACCUUACUCCAACUCCAAACCCAAAUCCAAACCCAAAGGAUUUGGUCACAAAUCCCAAAUCUUUACAAGAUUUGUUGCACCCCUAUAUUCAUGCUCGAGCUAUGUUUAAAUCGGCAGUACUACUGUCUAAUCAAUAUAAUAUAACUAUCGAUGGAAAAUUGAUUGGGUGGAAAGAUAGACUAACUAAUGGCGAUGUCAUCGAAGUAUUGAGUGAUACAUGUCUUUCAGUAUCUCAAUCAAAUAUAGUUGGUAUUGUCGGUCCAGAAUUAUCAAGAGAAACUGUUGUAAUUAGUUCAUUUGGUAAAAAGCUUGGCUUACCUGUUAUAUCGUAUGCUGCAACCGAUCCUGAUUUAGCUGAUGUAACAACUUAUCCUAAUCUUUACCGUACAGUUCCAUCAGAUAAUACAGCUGCAUCAGCUCUUCUGAAAUUAUUCAAUCGAUUCAAUUGGAAAUCAUGCCUAAUUAUUUAUCAAAAUGAUGCAUUUGGAUCUGGUGCAGCGAAAACUAUUAAUGAUGUAUUUAAUGUAAGUGGUAUAAGAGUAGCACAAAUGAUUAUUUAUGAUAUUGCUAAAAAUAGUAUUCGUGGUGAUAUGAGGACUUAUCUAGUGAAUAGCCCAUCACGAAUUGUUAUUUUAUGGGCUGAAUCAAUUUAUACAUCAUUAAUAUUGAAAGAUGCUCUCGAUUCUAAUCUUGUUGGUCCUUUUUUUACAUGGAUAAUUAAUUCAAAGAUUUCAUUCAAUUCUUUUGAUAAAAAAUACCAUCAAAAUUUAAUUGGAAUGCUUUUAAUUGAACCAGUUAUUGGAUCAGUUGUUAAUGCACCAUAUAAUAUUGAAUUAUUACAUGCAGCAUAUAAUAUAUGGCAAAAAUAUGAAAAUGAAACAUAUCCUGGAUCGACAAAUGUUGAUUAUUAUGCAUUAUU